AUGCCUCUGGCCCUGGCCCUAGCGCUUCUGUGCUGCCUGGGCGGCUUCGGGAGCUGGUGCUGCCUGCAGUGCGACCACUCGGUGCUAAGUGCGCUCAGCCGGCUGCGCGAGGCCACGGUCCCCAAGCGCUUCCACGUGGAAGGGCUGCAGGCGCGCGCGCAGGCCCUGCUGCUGGGCAUGGAGGGGCCGUUCUUCAGGGACUACGCCUUGAACGCGUUCGUGGGGAAAGUGGAGGUGGCUCAACUGGAGAGCGUGGCGACCUCCUUCAAGAACCAGACUUGGUACAUACAGACGAACUCUCUGACAGAUGGUCCUCUGCUGGAAGAGCUGGUGAGCCUCAGGGAGCAUGCCAUCAAGGAACUAAAGAAAGCGUUAAAAGAGUAUGAACUAAAAGCCUGUGACCACAAAACUUGCCGUUUGCUUAAAGAGGAGGUCCUGGACUGUUUACAUUGCAAGAAAAUCACCCCCAAAUGCAUCAAAGAGAAGUACUGCUAUGGCAUUUCCCGUAAAGUGGGAGACUGCAGCAGAAAGUCUGAAGUCAAGGCCAUCUCGAGCUACAUUGUGAGGUCCUGUCUCAAGGCAUCUCUCCCUCCAAAGACUGUUUGCCAGUCACAGAGUGCUGCUUUUCCUUUGGGAGUGAUUCGGUUCAGAAAAAGGGACUUCAACUUACCUCAGCCAUGGUGGCCUGCUUCCAGGAACCUCUUUUAAGCUCCUCCUCCUUCCCCUCCUUGUUCCCAGCUAGCAGAGCUGCAGAGGAGCUGAGAGAAAGUCUCCCAUCCUUCUAUGGCUAAUAUCCUGUUCAUGCUGGAUGAGUCUCCAAAAAUAUUCCAAAAUGAACCUGCUGUAAGGACCACCA